AUAUCACGGAUUUCCCUUCGCUCAGACGAUCUUAAGCAAUGCUGAGCUUUUUCUCUCGGCUGAAAUGGCUACGAAAGUCCAAGAAGGUGCAGAACAAUAAAAUCAAAGAGGAAAAGUCCAAAGACUCUUCUAGAACCAGCGACGCUACAAACUCAAACUCACAAGCCAAAAUCUCUUCAGCUUCAUUCUACAACAACGGAAGACGAUUUCAAGCUUAUAAGGAUUGUGCGUAUAUCCUACCUAACGAUGAUGCAGAAAUCGACAGGUUGCACCUUCAGCAUUGGAUUGUGAAAAACGUUGUGGGCAGAAAUUACAGUUCACCUAUCGAAGCUGAACUGCAAAAGGGAAUCAAAGUGUUGGAUGCAGGCUGUGGAGGUGGUACUUGGAUAUUGGAAAUGGCCAACGCCUAUCCCAACAGUGAAUUCACAGGCAUUGAUGUUUCCUCUACCUGGCCUACUGAGAUUAGACCACAUAAUUGUAACUUCGUCGUCGGUAACAUCGUGCAUGAACUACCAUUUGAAGAAAAUUCGUUCGAUUUCAUCUACAUGCGCUUAGUUGGUAUGGGUGUACCAAACGAACAGUACCCCACUGUGUUAUCCCACUUGUACAAAGCUCUGAAACCUGGAGGCUGGAUAGAAUUAGUCGAAAUUGACGGUGAACAAGUCUACCGAGGCAAAAGAACCACCAAGUUCUGGAAUGCAGUACUCCAAUACUUGGAGAUGCGUGGGUUUAAAGAAGGAAUUGUCAAAGACCUUGACCACAAGGUAGUCGAUGCCGGUUUUGUCAACAUCGACGGUAUGAGAAUUCGGAUCCCUGUUGGAAGCUGGGGUGGAAAGCUUGGCGAAGUGUUCCUUGAAGACAUUGUUGGCGCCUACAAAAGUCUACGACCUGUUGUGCAACCGAUUUUAAACUAUAGCGACGCCGAUUAUCAGGAAUUACUGGAUAACUUACCAACGGAAAAUAACGAAGUGAAGCAAGAGGUGAACUGGUUUUGUAACUGGGCCCAGAAACCUGCCAAUUGAUCGGCCAUUCCGAGAUACUCAUACCUAGUAGUCACCAUAAAACUAAUUGUGAUAAUAGCAAUUGUUCUCCUACUGUGCUACAUUCCCAUCCCGAAUGUGUGGGUGCUUGUAUAUUACUGCCAAGUAAGAGAUUAAUGCAUUUGAAUUAUAAACUAGUAAUUAGAGUCACUUGCUUCCAGGAAACUUCCCCAUGCGGUAUGCCGUUGUGACUACAUGUACCAAGCAGACUUGUAAGGUAUGUGGAUAGGCUAUUGAAUAGCGUAUCCAAAUGAGAAUCAAAGCAGUGAAGGUAUCCAAUCCCUCAUGCUGUAGAUUUUUAUUCUUGGAGGAUGUGUAAGUUAAUUGUGUU